AAGUUGACUAUAAAACGCGAAAGAAAUUGAACGAUGAGCAUCAGUUAGCUGUCUGCUACUUCCAGAGCUAAACCAAACUCGCAAUAAUGGCUUCUUUCAAGAUUGCCCUUCUCCUCGGCGUCAUCGCCUUCGCCAACGCUUGCUCCCAAGCGCCCGGAACCACCACCACCACUGUCACCACCACCGUGACCACCGUCUCCGCCGAUGACGGUGAAACUGGCAUUCUCUCCGCUCACGAACGCAGCCUCAUCCGCAAGACUUGGGAACAGGCCAGGAAGGACGGAGAUGUCCCUCCCCAAAUUCUCUUCCGCUUCAUCAAGGCCCACCCCGAAUACCAACAGAAGUUCACCAAGUUCGCUAGCGUUCCCCAAGCCGAGCUUAUGGGCAACGGAAACUUCUUGGCUCAGGCCUACACCAUCUUGGCUGGUUUGAACGUCGUCGUCCAAUCCUUGUCCAGCCAGGAACUUUUGGCCAACCAGUUGAACGCCCUUGGUGGUGCUCACAAAGCCCGCGGAGCUACUCCCAUCAUGUUCGAGCAAUUCGGUGGCAUCCUCGAGGAAGUCCUCGCCGAAGAGCUCGGAAGCGGAUUCACCGCUGAGGCCAGACAAGCCUGGAAGAACGGACUUGCAGCUUUGGUUGCUGGCAUCGCCAAGAACCUCAAGAAGCCCGAAGAUUUGGCUGAUCCCCAGACCAAAUUGACCCCCCACCAGAUCCGCGAUGUCCAGAGGAGCUGGGAAAACAUCCGUGGUGACCGCAACGCCCUCGUUUCCUCCAUCUUCAUCAAGCUCUUCAAGGAAACCCCCCGCAUCCAGAAAUUCUUCGCCAAGUUCGGCAGUGUCGCCGUUGACUCUUUGCCCGGCAACGCCGAAUACGAGAAACAAGUCGCUCUCGUUGCCGAUCGUCUGGACACUAUCAUCGCCGCCAUGGACGACAAGCUCCAGCUUUUGGGCAACAUCAACUACAUGAAGUACAGCCAUAUCGAACGUGGAAUUCCUCGUGGACCUUGGGAGGACUUUGGCCGACUUCUUCUCGAAUCUCUCUCCGCCAGCGGUGUCUCCUCCGAUGAUUUGGACUCAUGGAAGGGCGUUUUGGGCGUUUUCGUCAACGGAAUUUCUCCACGCAACUAAGACAUCUUCUACCAUUUUACUAUAUUCGCAUUUAAGCAAUAAUAAGCGAAGGGAGAUUAUUCCCAUCAAUUAUUAUUUGCUGAAAAUGUUUUGUUUUGUUUUCCAAAUAACAAUCA